GCGUGAACAGAGAAGGAGGCACACCUGUCGGAGAGCUGCAGGUGAACCGCGAGUUUGGAUACAAUUUGACGGACCGGAAGCGCUUUAUUUGGGAAUCAGCGGUAGCAGAACUAAAGGUGAACUGCAAGUCUCAGAAUGGAAUUUGACAAUAUAAAGUCCUCGGCUGCACUCAUUUACGAUGAGUUCUUCCAAAAUGCAGACUCGCGGACGGAGAACUGGUUCCUCAUGUCGUCUCCUCUCCCCCAGACGCUCAUCAUCGCGGCGUACAUUUACUUUGUCACAUCGCUGGGGCCUCGGAUAAUGGAGAACCGCAAAGCCUUUGACCUCAAAGGAGUCCUCAUAGUGUACAACUUCGGGGUGGUGGCUCUCUCGCUCUACAUGUGCUAUGAAUUUGUGAUGUCAGGAUGGGGAACAGGAUACUCGUUUCACUGCGACCUGGUCAACUACUCUGACUCACCACAGGCUAUAAGGAUGGCAGCAACUUGCUGGCUUUACUACUUCUCAAAGUUCAUUGAGAUGCUGGACACGGUCUUCUUUGUUCUGAGGAAGAAGAAUAGCCAGGUGACAUUCCUUCAUGUCUACCACCACUCAAUCAUGCCCUUCACCUGGUGGUUUGGAGUUCGGUUUGCACCAGGUGGCAUGGGAACAUUCCACGCUCUGCUGAACUGUGUCGUCCAUGUUAUCAUGUACUCGUACUACGGCCUGACUGCCAUGGGCCCCAGCUACCAGAAGUACCUGUGGUGGAAGAAAUACCUCACUACCAUUCAGCUGAUUCAGUUUGUGAUGGUGACCAGCCACAUCUGCCAGUAUUUCUUCAUGAGCGACUGCCCCUACCAGUUCCCUAUCUUCAUCUACAUCAUCGGCCUGUACGGCCUGAUUUUCCUGUUCCUCUUCCUCAACUUCUGGUACCACGCCUACACCAAGGGCAAGAGGCUGCCUAAAGUGCUGCAGGCUCAGACGUGGGCACACCACACCAACGGAGUUAUGAAUGGCGACGCCAGCCAUGAAAAAUAUGAGUGAUGCAAGACUCGGCUCAUCUGGGGGUUUCGGGGUUGACCUCUUUUACGUAAGCAAACCACUGCAGUGUGAGAUUGAACCCCAGUUUGUUUGGACUGUUUUUUUUUUUUUUGAUUUAUUUUCUACUUGCAACUGCAACAGACAAUCUUUAACUUAUGACCAAAGUUAUAUAUUUAAGAGGUUUACUGGACCCAAGCUUGAAGGGGUUAUUUUAAGAAUUUUGCUUUACACUGAAGGUAAAACCCAAGUUCUAUUUCCAAAUAUCCCUCCUUUUUCUACUGCAGUCUGGUUUAAACACAUAAAUCAACACUGCUAUUCUCCCUGAGCCGUGGUAAGCCUCAGACCCCUGGCUGUACAGUCAUACUGGGUCUCCUCAAAAAGCUUCAAAUGCUGAGGUCACGUUGUCCAUUUGUGACUUGAUCUUACUUCUCAAGACUUUUAGGAAAUCCAGUGUUUGCUUUUUUUUUUUUUAAGUUGCACACUGAAAAGUUAAGGUUUGAUUAUUUCACUAGACCUUAAAUAAUGACACUUCUGUGUCCAUAUGGUGUUUAGGCUACACAUGCUAAAUGGUUAUAUGCAUGCAGAACAGGGUGUUUUUUUUUUUUUUUAAGUUUUGAUCACAUGCAUGUCCUUCGUCUAUGGCUUGAGUCACAGCUGCUGCUAAUGGGACAGACAUCCAGUGAAAACUACCAUGUUCAUACAGUGGAGGAAGUUUUAUUUGACUUAAUUGUCCUAUGAAGCGUUGGCGUGACUGAGAUGCCAGAGAGGAAUGCUGAUGGCCCGCUGUGGCUCUUGUAGGAUCCAGAGCAGAGCUAGAGGUUUUACUACUUCCUUACUGAGGCAUAUUGCAAAAAUAACACCAUUUUAAGGGGCUGCUAUAAGCACAGUGGCAUGGAUUUAGCCAGUCAGAAAACCCAAGCAGCCUUGCUUGCCUGCUUUUUAAGUAUUUUGUUUCAUAUGAUGAGGCUCUGUGGCUAACAGGGUCUUCAGAUGGCUGGUGUCAGUGGCAGUGCCUUUGAACUGAGGUCUGUGGAGUAGUUUUUACAUAUGUUAUGAUGAUCUUCAACUGAAAAGUGAAUGUAACACUCUGCUACUCUUGGUGACUGAGGACACAGGAUCGAGCUUGGCAUGUGGGUGGAGAGAGGUCCACCUUUUUUAUUCCGGUUCAAGCCCCUGUUAACACUAAAGAUUUACAUAUACAGUGCAUACAAAUGGGGGUGAACUUUUUUUUGUUUUCAGAUACUGUUAUACCAAUAGUUAAUACUGUAAAAAAUUGUGACAUGAAAUGUUGUUUAUAUUGUAUUUUAUAUGUAUUUAUAUAAAAAUAAAUGAUCCAUGUGCUUUGAA